AUGGCUACCACUGCGAUGGAUUACGAGGCUGCCAAUGGCGACCGGUACGAAGAUGAGGCUCCUCGAUACGAGCGCGACAACCGAAGCGCCUCGCCUCGACCUCGUGACGACAAUGAGGGUGGCCGCCGUCGCUCCGCCUCGCCCGGUGGUCAUGGCGACAGCAACAUGAAGGACGUAUCUGCUCCUCGUGACGACGACGACGGUGCUAUCAACCCUGGCUCCAACCUUUUCGUUACCGGCAUCCACCCCAAGCUGUCCGAAGCUGAGGUCUCCAAGAUGUUCGAGAAGUAUGGCGACGUUGAAAAAUGCCAGAUCAUGCGCGACCCCCACACAAAGGAGUCUCGUGGAUUUGGCUUUGUCAAGAUGGUCACAUCCGAUCAGGCCGAGGCCGCUAAGGAGGGCCUGCAGGGCGAGCAGAUUGAGGGCCGUACCUUGAGCAUCGAGAAGGCACGCAGAGCCCGUCCUCGUACCCCGACACCCGGCAAGUACUUUGGACCGCCCAAGCGAGAGCCUCGCGCCGGAGGUGGACGUUACGAAGACCGCCGUCGUGGCGGUUACGGCGGCGGCGGCGGCUACGGCCGCGAUGAUUCCUACCGCUACCGUGGCUACGAACGCAACUACGAGCGAAGAUACGAAGAGCGUGGAGGCGGUUACGGUGGUAGCAGCGGAGGCGGCGGCGGCGGUGGUGGCCGUGACUAUGACCGCAGCUACCGUGAUGAACGUCGCUACGAUGACCGAAGUGGCGGUUAUGGCGGCCGUGACUAUGACCGAGGCUAUGAACGCCGCGACCGCGAUGAGGGCUAUGGCCGAGACCGCUACGGCGGAGGUGGCCGCGAAGGUGGCCGCGAGGAUCGUGACCGCUACCCUCCCCGUGGAGGCCCCGGUGGCUCUGGCUACGAGCGUGGUGGUGAUAGAUAUGAGCGCGGAGGCGACCGAGACGCUGCGAGAAGCCGUGACCCAGCUGCCGGUGCUGGAGGAGCUGGCUACGGCGAAUCUGCCUCUCGAUCUGAGACACGCGACGCUUAUGGAGGUUCGAGCUACUACUGA